ACCGGGGCGGCGCGCAGAGGCCCGGCUAGCGCCAGGCCGCGUUUUCCCUGACUCGCCCAGGAAGGAAACCCGGCCCGCCGGAUCUGCCCGGGCCACGAUGCUGCGGCCGCUGCAGAGCUGGGCUGCUCGGGCGGUACGCAGCGUGUGGCCAUCUAGCCCCGGGAGUCCCGCCCCGGGACCCGGGCCGCGCGGGGCGCAGCGCCGGGCCGGGCCUCCGGGUAAAGAUAGAGAAAAUGAAAAAGAGAAAAAAUCAGUGAUCUGUGUUGAGGGCAAUAUUGCAAGUGGGAAGACCACAUGCCUGGAGUUCUUCUCCAGCACCACAGACCUAGAGGUGUUGACAGAGCCUGUGCCCAAGUGGAGAAAUGUCCGUGGCCAUAAUCCUCUGGGUCUGAUGUACAGCGACCCCUCUAGAUGGGGCCUCACACUGCAGACAUAUGUGCAGCUCACCAUGCUGGACCAGCACACUCGUCCUCAGACGUCACCUGUACGGUUGAUGGAGAGGUCGAUUCACAGCGCAAGAUACGUUUUUGUAGAAAACCUGUAUAGAAGUGGGAAGAUGCCUGAAGUGGACUAUGUGGUUUUGUCAGAAUGGUUUGACUGGAUUGUGAGGAACAUCGACGUGUCUGUGGACUUGAUAGUUUAUCUCCGGACCACUCCUGAGACCUGUUACCAGAGGUUAAAGAUGAGAUGCAGGGAAGAGGAGAAGGUCAUCCCACUGGAAUACCUGGAUGCCAUUCACCAGCUCUAUGAGGAGUGGUUCCUCAAAGGAAGCCCCUUCCCUGUGGCGGCCCCUGUCCUGGUGAUUGAGGCUGAUCAUGACAGGCAGAAAAUGUUAGAACUCUUUGAACAAAACCGGGACCGAAUCUUAAUGCCAAUGAAUCAGAAGCUUGGUCUGUAGGAUGGGACAGGACCACAGGAACAUGCCAGAAAAAUGCCUGCAGCUGCCAAGUUAGCUAUUAGGAGCAAUUUGGAAAAAUCUACUCUUGGGAGGACUGUAUGUCUGGCCAGAUUUAUUUGCCUAAUGGCCUUUUCUCCAUUGCCAGCAUCUUCGUCUGGGGUCUCUGGCCCUCGUGGUCAAUGACACAUGGGACCAAGGGGUUUGUUGUGCCUUUUGGCACUUACAGCUAGUGAUGUCACUAGAAUCAGUGUCACCCAGUGUGGUAACUCAUGAUGUCAUACCCACCCAACCCCUGCCUGAGGUAGGCGAGGCCAGCCAGCAAACUCCCCCCAUAAUAGGCAGAGUGGCCGUGCCCUGCCCCACCCCCAUGCAGGGCCUAGUACUAUGCUGUGUGCCCCACCUCCCAUGGCAUCCCUGACGGCUCCCUGCAGCUCCUACCCUCUCCCAUUGGCCAAGGUGGAGACCCUCCUCUCUACCCAAUGGUGGGCAUCAUGGCCCACCUGCCUGCACCCUGACU